GGGGAGGGGAAGCGCCCUUCUCUGCUGUCGUAAAAUCGGCAGACGCGUUGUGGCUGCGAAGAUGGCGGCGCCCGCAAUGCUCGGGGGGGCCGCCCGAUUGUGGAGCUUCUGCAACUCCUUCCGGACCGGGAGGUUACUAGCACCUUGCAGUGUUCCUCUUCUAUCAAAUAUUCAUACAAGUGCAUCUCUUGGGGAGCUUGGAAGAUGGGAAAAGAAGAAUAGGAUGGUUUAUCCUCCACAGCAACCAGGAGAACCUCGAAGACCUGCAGAAAUAUACCACUGUCGAAGACACAUUAAAUACAGUAAGGACAAGAUGUGGUACCUGGCAAAACUGAUACGAGGCAUGUCCAUAGAUCAGGCACUAGCUCAGUUGGAAUUCAAUGACAAAAAGGGAGCAAAAGUGAUAAAAGAGGUCCUUCUUGAAGCCCAAGAAAUGGCGGUGAGGAAGCAUAAUGUAGAAUUUAGAUCCAACUUACACAUUGCUGAAUCCUUCUCUGGAAAAGGGCACUACCUGAAAAGGAUCCGCUACCAUGGCAAAGGCUUUUUUGGCAUUAUGGACAAAGUCAAGUGCCAUUACUUUGUGAAAUUAGUCGAAGGCCCACCUCCACCUCCAGAGAAACCAAAGACUGCUUUUGAUCAUGCAAAGGAGUAUGUGCAGCAGCUUCGUAGCCGAACCAUUACUAACACAUUGUAAUAUUCCCCACUGCGUUGUUCCCUUUUUUGUGAUAACCAUGUAAAUAAAGUACAUUUUAAAAAUCAGUUUCUAAUUAGGCUCAGGUGUCUCCUAUAGACACAAAAAUAUGUACGGUGACUAGGAAAGAAUAUCAAACACUAGGCAAGUACAGUGCCUCAGAUCUAGAUGAUACUUGAGAAAAGUGGUAGGGAGUGGUCCCAAAUGAGGAAGCUACAAUCUGAUUUUUCAGUUUGGUUCUUUCCCAGUAAUAAUUGCACUGGGAGUAUUGCUUUUCUUGAUCUUUUAGUCUGUAAGUAUGCUUUAGCACAUGCUGAGAAUGCAAAAAAGAUUUAAUGGGAUAUCCAAUCUAAAGGGGGCUUGCAUUGACAGAAGUGCUUUUAGCUACUGGAAUGAUAGUAAAUGGAUUCAAUUAAUGGUGUUUUGGGUUUGUAGCUAUUUUAGAUUUCCGCCCUGUUUUGAAACAUUGUUAAAGCAUUAUAGAUCUAUUUCAUUAAAGUGUCCCAACCUGAACAUGGGGCAUAUGGCGACAGCUGGUUAAAAAUGAGUGAGGGGUGAAUGUCACAAAUUACAAUAUAUUCUGAAGACACAUGAUUCAGCUGCCAUGCUGUAGUUGCGGAGUUUUGGUUAUUGUCAGCACCUGGAUGAGAGACUUGCCUAGGAACUGUAUGUACACAUGAUUUGAAUUCCAUCAAGAAAUGCAGGGAAUGAAAAAACAAAAACACUUAACAGUUCGUGUUUAACUAGCAGGCAAAGCUCUGUGAGUGCAACUGCCUUUUCUUCAUUCUUUUCUUUUGCAUAAUAAUUCAUUAAAGAAUAUGGAAUGGACA